AUGGCGCUCGACGACCCGAACACGACCAAGUCGUCCAUCGAGACGAUGAAGAAAGCGCUCGCGGACACGCUCGCGAAGCGCAUGCUCGCCAAGUUUAUCGCCCCCAACGCGCCCGCGCCCGACGUCGUGACGAUCACCGCGAUCGUGCGCGAGGAGGUGGACGGGUUCAUGAACAACACCGGAAGCGUCAAGGAGAGCGAGAUCGCGGCGCUGGAGCGACGCAUCAAGGACCGGAUCACCGGCGGGAAGGUGGCGGGACGGCGGUUCGGCGCGCCCGUCGUGGACGAGUGGGCGGAGAUCAGCAAAUGGCAGGCGAAGGAGAACGACCGCGUCCAAGCGGAGAAAUUGGCGAGUUACAAGGCGUCGCAGCGGAAGAUGAAGGAGGAGCUCGACGCGCAGGUGGCGGAGAAGGCGCGGAAGAAGCUCCUGGAGAAGGAAGAGGUCGUCGCGGACAAGGUGGACGUCACGCGGAGGCUGGAGGAGUGGAAGCUCGACGAGCUCGAGAAGAUCGCGAAGAGAACCGCCGCCGUCGACAAGCUGAAGACGGAUCGGCGAGCGCAGCUCGAGGACAAGGCGGCGAGGAAGGCGGCGAUGGAGGAGGAGAAGCGGCAGGAGGAGGCGGACUUGCGCCGCGCGCUCGCGGCGGACUACCGACGGAAGCAAGCGGAGGAGGCGGCGGCGAAGCGGAAGAUCGCGGCGGAGAUUGAAAAGCUUAAAAAGUCCAACGAGGAGACGCUUGCGCUUCGCGCCAAGCAAGCCGCGGACGACGAAGCGCUGGAUCUGAAGUACCAGGAGAUGUACGCGGAGAAGCUUCGCAAGCAAGAGGAGGCGUACCACGCCAACUUGCUGAAGAUGAAGGAGAAGCAGAAGUCCCAGGAGGCUUUCGGGAACGCCAUCGGGCCGUACAAACGGUACAUGCCGGAUGAGAUCAUCGAGAAAAACGCCGCCAACUACGACCGCCUCGCCGCGGAGAGAGACGCGCGCGACGCGAAGCACCAGGUCGACCUCAACGCGGCGGUGAAGAAGGAGCUCGCGGAGCAGGUCAAGGCGAAGCAAGAGCGUCUGGAUCGCGAGAGAGACGAGGAGGCGCGGCGGUACGCGAGGUUUGCCCGCGUCGUCGACACGCUCGAGAGCGCGGAGCGGGAGUCGCGACGCGAGGGGUUCGAACGCGCGGUUCGGCACAAGGAGGAGCUCGAGGCGCAGAUGCGGGAUAACAUGGUUCGGAAGAAGGUGUUCCCGAUGACCGCGACGGAGAAGGAGCUGAACACCGCGCUGCUCCAGCGCGUGAAGGCGGAGCAAGGGUCGUACUGA